GAUGAAGAACAUCAAUGUCCUAUAUGUUCUAAGAAAUUAACCGAACCAAAGAUCUUGACAUGCCUUCAUGUGUUUUGUGAAGCAUGUCUAGAGGAAUUAUUAAAAGAAAACUCUGAUGAAGGAGUGCAGCCACAUAAAAUUAAAUGUCCACAAUGCGAACAGGAGACUCAAGUGCCCAUGAAUGGGGUGUCGGAUCUGCAAACAGAACAUGUUAUUUCAGAUAUAUUGGAUGUCUGUGGUGCAGAAAAUAUAAUCUGCACGAGCUGUAAAGCAAAAGAAAAAGCAGUUGCACGUUGUUAUGAUUGUGCUAAUUUUCUUUGUCCUAAUUGUGUGACAGCUCACAGAUUUAUGCGCUGUUUUGAUAACCAUAAGGUUUUGACAUUAGAUGAGUUGGGGGUGCAAGGUAGUGAUGGGGUAUCUAUACACAAGCCCAUUUACUGCACUGUACAUCCUUCAGAAAAUCUCAAAUAUUUCUGUCAUUCUUGUGAGACUGCUAUAUGUAGCGAAUGCAUGGUGAGUGAUCACAAACAACCAGACCAUAAUUAUGAGAAAAUUUUGGAUGUUGAAGAAUUGUUAAAGAAUGAGUUGGAGAGUUUACGUAAAGAGUGUCUCAGUAAGAUUGAGCCAUGUACCUUGGCUGCCUCGAAAGCAGAAUCAGCUCUGUCAGAGUUACAGAGCCAACAAGAAGAUGCCAAGAGUCUCAUAGAAGAAACAUUCCAAAGUUACAAAGCAAUUCUUGAAAAGAAAAAGACUUCUCUUCUGGAAGAAUUAGAUGAAAUCCAUUCUCAUCAUGAAUUAGAUUUGAUGGGGUUAUGUCAUAAUAUUAACAAUAUGGUGGAUAAAGUGGAAGAUAGUUGUAAAUUUACUGAACAUGUACUUAAAAAUGGCAAUUCUGUACAAAUUGCUAGUUUAAAGCGCAUCAUUACCACACAGCUCCUGUCCUUGAUCAACAACUCUCCAUCAGUAGAACCAAACCUAAGUAUUGAGUUUAAAACUGAUCCCACAGUUUUUGAGAAGAUGAUCAAUCAAACUUUUGGUACCUUUUCAAAUCCUGAAGAUCAAAAGAAAGUUAACAAAAUAGAACCAAAUUCAAUCUUCUUGAUAUUGCCAGCACAAGGCAUCAGUUUGAUUACUAUGAUUUGUACGAGAUGUCUGGAAAAUAUGAGGGAACUGGUAACUGUAAUUAGACAUCUUCAUUUCUUAUUUCAGCGUGAAAAUCAGUUGAUAUCUCCUCUACAUUCUUCAUUUGAAAAUGAAGGAUUUCUAUCUCAAGGAGUGAGAAGUCCAGAUCAAGCCAUGAUGACGGCCUCUACUGCUGGUUUUAUGUCCAACAUGGGCUCUCUUCCACCUGUCUCAUUGAGUGGUAAUCUACAGAGUCUAUCAUCUAUUAUUGCCAAUAUCCCAAGUGCUCUCACUGGCCAGUCACAUCCUCUACAUGAUACCAGUUUAUCUAGGAAUUCUCACAGUCCAGCCAUGUCUGACAGUGGUAUAUCUGUAGGUGAUGCAGCUAGCACCAAUAGCAAUAAUAGUGCUACUAUGAUCAAUAUUGCAGCAAUGGCAAAUUUAGGUAUGUACCAGCAUUUCAUAAUUUCUGGCCAAGUCCCACUGAUGGCUGGUUUAUCUGGUGGAAUGACCACUCAUUCAGGAUCUACAUCAUCAGAUGGUGGUAGUCGUACCAUGACCCCACAAUCACAUGCUGAAUUAUCACCUACCAGCCUGGCCUCCCUCACGCCCAUUGGUCAACGUGUCCAAAGUAGUAAUAUUGAGAACUUGGCCAAUUUGUUGAAUCCCCAGAACCAGUCAUUGAGUGGAAUUAAUAAAAUUAUUAGUGGUAUGAGAAGUAUGGCUGUAGCUAAUAAUAGUAACAUGGAUAACAUGAUGGGUAAAAAUGGUCUUGUAAUUGUUGCUUUCAGAUGUAAAUUUGGUCAGCUAGGCCCUGGGAAAGGCCAGUUUAAUUCACCACAUGGUUUUUGUUUGGGAUUUGAUCAAGACAUAAUAGUUGCUGACACUAACAAUCAUAGAAUUCAAGUUUUUGAUAAGACUGGUGAUUUUAAAUAUCAGUUUGGUAUACCAGGUCGUGAAGAAGGUCAGUUAUGGUAUCCACGUAAGGUAGCAGUAAUGAGAGCCUCUGCUAGAUACGUUGUUUGUGAUCGUGGUAAUGAAAGAUCAAGAAUGCAGAUAUUUACUAAGAAUGGUCAUUUUGUCAAGAAGAUAGCUAUUCGCUAUAUUGAUAUUGUAGCUGGACUUGCUAUUACAGCUGCAGGCAAUAUUGCAGCUGUAGAUAGUGUUUCACCAACAGUAUUUUGUAUUGCUGAAUCUGGUGAUUUACUCAAAUGGUUUGAUUGUAGUGAUUAUAUGAGAGAACCAUCAGAUAUAGCUGUUAGUGGCUCAGAAUAUUUUGUGUGUGAUUUCAAGGGACAUUGUGUGGUAGUUUUCAAUGAAGAAGGUCAAUUUAUGAGAAGAAUUGGUUGUGAAAAUAUAACUAACUACCCUAAUGGUAUUGAUAUCAGUGAUGACGGGGAUGUUUUGAUUGGAGAUAGUCAUGGCAACCGCUUCCAUGUGGGCGUGUUCCAGCGAGAUGGCUCUCUGAUUGGAGAGUUCCAGUGUCCCUAUGUUAAAGUAAGUCGAUGUUGUGGAUUGAAAAUAACAUCAGAAGGCUAUGUCGUUACACUUGCCAAGAAUAAUCAUCAUGUGCUCGUUUUGAAUACUUUAUAUAUU